UGGUAAGUGGAAAUGGCUAAGCUGGGAUGUAUAAGGGACAAGUGCACCUAGAGUGUUUUGGUUAUCCUCCUCUUCUAGAAGUUUGGUUACCUUCAAUGAGAAUAAAAAUAUCUCAAGCUAUGUCGCAGACUUCUGUAUGUGGGGCCCGUCCCUUUGGUGGUGGGUCUCAUGUCUUAUUAUCAAGCAAUAUGACAGUACCUCUGCACGAGUUUGAUCACUCACGAUAUAUCGUUAAUGUCAGUUGAUAGUAGGCAUGGGGGCUUGAAUCUGUCUUUUCUACAAAGCUUACUUAGAGUACUCGAGUCUUCUAACCUAUUUUAUUAUAUACUAUAUAUUUUUAGAUUUCAUUCUCUCCUGUUGGAUU